UCUUUUUUUUGUUUGUUUGAAUUAAAUUAAUUUUUUUGUUGUUGUAACAAAUGGUUUGUUUUGCUACCAGGGAAUCAUUCGCCAAUUCCGGUGCUAAAUCACCAUCAUCAUCAUCAUCACCACCAUUGUCUUCCAAUAGUUUGAUAUUAAAUCAAAGACAAAUCGUUCCAGCCGUUAAUCAUCGGGUUGAUGAUAAUCAACCAAUAAACAUUGUUGAUGAUAAUGAACCAUCGACUAGCAAGAACACAACAACAACAUACAGACAACCACAAAGAAUACAAGAAGAAUUUUAUGAAGAUUUAACAAUGUUUCAUAAUGAUAAUAACCAUGAUGAUGAUGAUGAUGAUGAUCAAUUAAAUCAACAACAACAAAUUGCAUCACAUCGUAAAUUAACACGUGUUUUUGCACAGAAUCCUAUCGUAGAAGAUUCAACAAAUCAAUCGGUACCAAGAUAUGAAACGCAUAUUGUAUUAGAUGCACAUAAUCAAGAUGUUUAUGUUUCAUUACAUCAACCAAAAUCAACGAUAAAUGAAUUUCAAUCCUAUAGUAAUUCCAAUCACCAUAUGAAUGGUAGUAAACCGUAUAUAUUUAGUCGACAAGCGUAUCGUGAUAUACCACCACCACCAUUCAAUCAUCAUCAUUCAGAUUACUAUUCACACAAUUUAUUUACAACAUUUUUUGGCUACAAUACUGGUAGAUGGUUCAAUGGCAUUAUUGGUUGUUUGAAACCAUUUUUCGAUUUACUUGGAACAAAAGAUUCACAAAUGAUGCAAGGAUUUCAUCAUCAUCAAGAUGAUGAUUGGGAGAUACCAUUCGAAAUGAUUAAAGAUUUACAAUGGCUUGGUAGUGGUGCACAAGGUGCCGUUUUUAUGGGAAAAUAUAAUAAUGAAUGGGUUGCAGUGAAAAAAGUAAAAGAAAAACGUGAAACUGAAAUACGACAUUUAAGAAAAUUGAAUCAUUCAAAUAUUGUUGCAUUUCGUGGUGUUUGUACACAAAGUCCAAAUUGUUAUUGCAUCGUAAUGGAAUUUUGUCCAUAUGGACAAUUAUAUGAAUUCCUGAAGAGUGGACAACAAUUAUCACCCAGUAUGAUUCUAGAAUGGGCUAGACAAAUCGCUUCGGGAAUGAAUUAUUUGCAUUCAUAUAAAAUUAUACACCGUGAUCUGAAAUCACCAAAUGUACUCAUAUCAUAUAAUGAUACAUUGAAAAUAUCUGAUUUUGGUACAUGUAAACAAUGGAAUGAUCGAUCAACAAAAAUGUCAUUCACUGGCACUGUUGCAUGGAUGGCGCCCGAAAUAAUUCGUGAUGAACUUUGUUCAGAAAAAGUUGACAUUUGGAGCUAUGGUGUCGUUCUAUGGGAAUUAUUGAAUUGUGAAAUUCCAUAUCGUGAUGUAGAUUCAUCGGCCAUAAUAUGGGGUGUAGGUAAUUCAAGCCUCACGUUACCGAUUCCAUCUGGUUUACCGCGUGGAUUUGAUCUAUUACUGCAACAAUGUUGGAAUGUUAAACCAAGAAAUCGUCCAUCAUUUCGUCAGAUUUUAAUGCAUCUUGAUAUCGCUAAUACAGAAUUAGCAUCAAUUGAAGCGAAUCAAUUUUUCAUCAUUCAACAACAAUGGCGUGAUGAAAUACGUAAUUGUAUGCGACGUAUGAAACGCCGAAGAUCCAGUGUUGCCAUUUCGAAUGAACGUCAGAUGAUGAAUGAAAAUUAUAAAGACGAAAUUGAACAUUUAAUCUGCAAACGUAAAGAAGAAUUAAUGCACGCACAACAUAUCCGAGAGGAAUAUGUUCGCAAACGUGAAUGUGCCAAUAAUCUUUAUAUGGAAUUGAUGACAUGUCUGUUGAAAUUGGAACAACGUGAAAAAAAUCUUUUACAACGUGAACACUCGCUAAUGACCCGUAUGGCUAAACAAUGUGGCCAACAACAACUACAAUUACAACAAUCACUAUCUGAUCGUUCACCAUUAUCGAUUCUAUCGCCAUUUGUUGAAAAAGUUCCCGAAGUAUUUCAACAAGAACUUUAUGAUUGUAAUAAAGUGAUUCCAUAUACAUUGCUUGAUUAUAAUGAUCAUGAUAAACAAAGGAAUCGUAUAGAACCGGCUACCAUCACCAUCGAUGAUGAUAAUGAUGAAUCUGGUAAUGAAAAUUUAAAUUUUAUUGUUUCACCAUCACCACCACCAUCCAAUAGUCGUAAAAUAAAUCAUCGAAAGAAACGAAUAUCUAUUAAUAAUAGUCCAAAACGAAUGAAAAGUCCUAAUUAUUAUCGACGAUCACCCAAAAAAUCAUCAACAUGUCACCAAUGUCAUCAUCAUUCUUCAAUUAAAAAUCAUCGUUAUCGUCAUCAUAAUCAUCAUUCCUCAUCACCUAUAAUUACAUCACCUAAUCAUCAUAAUAUCGUGAAAAAUGCUCAGUCUAAUAAUGAGGAAACGAUGAAUCCUGAAACAACAACCGAUAAUGUACUACUACGUAAUAGUAAUACACCAUCAAGACCAUCAAUAUUGGAUAAAAAUUUUAAUAAAAUUCAUCAUCAUUCACUAACAAAAAUGAAACAUUCAGAUAAAGCAAUACAAACAACUAAUGAUUGUAAUAAUGUAUUCAAUUACCAUUAUAAUUCAGAUAAUAGUAAUUCAUCACCAUCGAUUGAUCAUCGAUUUGCAACGACGAUUGAUAAAUCAUCAUCUACGACGACAACCAUUCUAUUGGAAUCAUCAUCAAAUCCAAAUAGUCCAAAUAAUAAUAAUAAUCAACAUUCGAAAUUGAUACCAAAAAUGUCUACAACAUCUACAUUUGAUUCUGGCUAUGGUGGUGAUGGUUAUCAAAGUUGUCUUUCCACGCCGUCAACACAUUCGAAUAAAAUUCGUUUCCCGGAUAAAAGUCCAAUGACACCAUCAUCAAUAAAAUCACCAUUUGGUGAUGGCGAAUUUGCAGAUCUUGAUGAUAAUAAUGUUAAAGCAGCCACAACAUCGGCAUCGACUUCGACAACAACAACGACAUUUAAUCGAAUAAAAUGUCGUCAAAGUAAUUCCAAUACAUUGCCAAGUCUGAGUAGUAUCGAUGAAAAUAGUGUUAAUGAAGAAUUGGAGAAAAAUGAUUUAUUCAUCAUUAAUAAUCGUAAUAACCGGGAACCAAGAAUCAUUGAAGAAUCAAUCGAAGAAGUGAAUAAAGUUAUUUUUGAAACAUUCGAACAACAACAGAACCGAAAAUCGCGUAAAAUUAUGGGCAAUAAAUUCAAUCGUAAACAUUAUUCCGAUAAUGAUUCAUCAUCAUCAUCAUCAUCUAAUCAAUCAUAUUUACAUUCUGAUUCUGAUGGUGAUUCUUGUAAUUGCUCAGAUGAUGACGAUGAUGGUGAUGACGAUGAAGAUGCCGUAGAUGAUGAUGAUAGUAAAUAUUUAUUACGGAAAAAAUUUCAUAAAGCUGUACAUCAAUUUAAUGAAUCUAGUCGACGUUAUUGUGAUUCAAUUUCAUCCAGUACAUCAAGCGAUAAUAAUGAUGAUAUUAGUGAUCAAGAAGAAGAAGCAAUUGGUAAAAAUACAACACUAUCUAUGAAUAUCAUUCAUAAUCAGCAUUGUCAAAAACAGAAGAAACAACAACAAAAUCAAAAUCAACAAACACUGGCAAACAUCGACAAUUGAUGAACAUAUCAAAAACACAUGAUUAUGAUGAUGAUGAUGAUGACGAUGUUUUGAUCUCGAGAUUGUUUUCGCAAUCGCACAAUGAUUGAUUCAUGAAUUUUUUUCUCUCUAAAAUUAUUAGGUUAAUGAAUAAUUUUGUCA